AGUGUGCUCGGGCUGGCCCGCUGCGGCGGAACCGCACAGAAGGGGGCGUGCGGGGCGGCGGCGCCGGGGCCGCGGGCAGCAAGGGAGGCUGCACGCGGGUCCCUGGCCACGCGAAGGCGCGGGCACCGGACUGGGCGGAAUGGAGCCUGCCAUGGGGGAGGCUCCCAGCCGCGCACCGGCGCCCGCGCUCUGGGACUGGGACUACUUGGACCGCUGCUUCGCCCGCCACCGUGUCUGCAUCUCCUUCGCCCUGUGGAUCUGCGCCUCUUCCUGCUGGAUCGCCGUCCACGCGCUGCUUCUGUAUCUGAGAUGUGGGAGGAAAUCUGGACGGGACCAGUCAGCGUUAUGGGCUGCGUGCUGCCUCCUGAUCAGUCUGUGUGACACCAUUGGGGCAAUUCUGGCCAGACAGCUCACCAUUCAGGUCUUCACUGGUGCCUACCUAGCAGCUGUCGACCUGGUGAACUUUGUGUCCAUUCUUUUCCCAGUCUGUGGCUCCAAAUUCAAGUCUAAUUCAGGACGGGGCUCCCGGGAGAGGAAGAGGAGGCGGCGGCUCCAGGCCAGUGUGUUUGCCCUGGUCCUGCCACUGAGCCUGGGCCCGGGCUGGGCUCUGUGGGCCGCCAUCCCAUGGGCUUCAGGCCAUGACCGAGGGCUGCAGAGGAGGCUGCUGGGCAUCCUGGUGCAGGACAAUACAGAAAUCCUCGGCUUCCUGCUGGGUGGCAUCGCGGCCUUGGGCUCCUGGGUUUCCCGGAUCCCCCCACUCUCCAGAAUCUGCCGGGGUAGGACAUUUCCCUCCAUCCACCUGUGGACCCGGCUCCUGUCAGCCCUGGCUGGUCUCCUCUACGCCUCGGCCAUCGUGGCCCAUGACCGGCGGCCUGAGUACCUGCUGCGGGCCACGCCCUGGUUCCUGACCUCGCUCGGCCGUGCAGCGCUGGACCUGUCUAUCAUUUUCCUUUCCUGCGUGAUGAAGAGCAAGAUGAGGCAGGUCUUGGGAUUUGCCUCUGAAGCGGGAGAGAACCCCGACACCCAAGCCCUUCUGACCUGUGCAGAGAAGGAGGAAGAAAACCAGGAGGCAAUGACUGAGAACUCGGAUUGGGUGCCACUCACCACACUCCCACACUGCAAGCCGCUCAGGAGGAUGGCAGCCAUCAGUCGCUACAUGGAGCUGACCAUUGAACCGGUGCAGCAGGUGAGCUGCAGUGCCAGCAGGCUGCCUGGCGACGGACAGAGAGACACAGGAGCCACGUCCCUGCAGGAGCCCCCCUCCUACCCUCCGGUUCAGGUCAUCCAGGCCCGCGUGUCCUCCAGCAGCUCCUCCCAGGUCUCUUCCAUCAACUCGGACCUCGAGCAGAAGUAUUGGGAAGCCCUAAUCUCGGAGCAGUGGGAUCCUGAAGAUGUAAACCUUGGAGGGAACAAAGACAGCAUGGAGACACUCAGAUCACAGGCACACAGGUGGUCUGUGAAGCCAGUGGACUUGCCCUCUGAUGAGUAACACUUUCUGGAGCCAACUCAGCAGCUCAUAGCCCAAGGUCAAGCAUUUGUCAGGAACUGACCAGGGAUCAACCUGCAGGGACAGCCUUGGUAGGAAUUAAGCUUCUGCCGAGGCUGCCCAUGAAAGUGAGGAACCAGAAGCUGUCAUGGAGCUUGGCUGGUCUGCACCACAGCUCAGAAUGGAGCUAAGACUUUGGGCCCAGUGGACAGACUUGAACAUGCCCAAAGUUUGUUCUAAAGAUCUGCAGUUUGUCACAAACCACUUGUGCUUUGACAUAUAAUCUAAAGGACUUUGGGCCCUCUUUUCCUUUUCCCUUUGGAGUCAACCAUACUCUGAAUAUCUGCUGUGAAUGAGUUCAUCUAACAAGCAGCUAAUAUGUUUGGAUCUCAACAAAGCCCCAUUAUGCAAGACCUGGCUAAGCCUAGCGAGCGGUGGGCCCACAUUCUGGGUGUCUAGGACACAAUGACAAGUUCUGAUGGGACCUGGCUACUGCCUUCCAGUAACCCAGUAGAGUUUUCUGCUGAAAGUUGAGAGAGGACUGUUUUGAUCAGCCAAGUGUUUACAAGAUCACUGGUAUUGCAAAGGCAAGCAAAGCAAAUUGCUCUAGGUACGAGGACUUGCUCCAGUCUGGCAAAGUGUGUGCUGGAGCAAGGUCUGCAGGUGAAGGGGACUGUCUGCUUUAGAAGGUAGCUGAAAGCACGCAAAGGAUAGAGGCAUGGCUGGAGGUGUUAAAUUCAAGCACCGAGAUCCCCUUGCAGGUUUAUUUUGGAGCUAAGGUGGGAGGAACACUAGAAUGAAUAAAUCCUGACUGAGAGAACUACAGUAUUUCACCAUGGAGCUCAGGGAUACAUCGGAAUCCCAGCACAGCCUCCAAAGUCAGCCACGAGGGGAUCUGGGAGAAAUGCCAAGAAACACAGCUCUGCUCUUGGCUGGCCCCUGGCAGCCUGUGUGAUUCAGCUGCAGCUGCCCAGCUGCUCCUAAAGGGUAGUGCAAGUCCCACCAGCAUGAA